AUGGAGGGAAUUUCAAAGCACAAGCGUUCCAACAGUGAACCAGUAAACAGAAAAUUUGAGAAAGAUAAACUGAAUAGCAUCCUCGAAGCUCCAUACAGUCUUAAAAUGAAGGAAAUGGGAAGACUGAACUGCUAUGUUGAAGCUAUGAUGAAGAGGCAAUCUACAGAUUCCGAUGUUCAAAGUUCUUUAAAUCAGGAGAUUCUACAGCUUCAAAAACAACUGGAGGACCAAUUUUUGGUACGGCAUGCUUUACAGAAGGCGUUAAGUUAUCGUCCAUUAUCACCGGAUUCUACAAUUGAAACCUCUCUACCAAAGUCUACCAAGGAAGUCAUUAAGGAAAUAGCUGUGUUGGAACUAGAAGUUGUGUAUUUGGAGCGCUAUCUUCUUUCCCUGUAUCGGAAAACCUUUGAUCAACAAAUAUCAUCUGAAUUGAGUGUGGCUCCUGGACAAGAUGAAUGCAAUGACAUAGUAGAACAACAAAAACUGUUAGAUUCAAGCAUUCAUCGUACCUGCUCAUCACUGUCUCAGCGUUCAACUUGUUCAACUAGAACUUCUCCUCGAACAAAAUCUCGAGCUAAAGCUGUAGAUUCAUACCACUCCUUACCUUUCUCGAUGCUAGAGCAAGCUCAGAGUGCAACUACAAAUGUAUAUCCGACAGAACAGCUUGAAACCUAUUUCUCUGAUCAAGUUCCAGACACACCAAACUGCAUUUCGGAGGAGAUGAUUAAGUGCAUUGCAACCAUAUUUUGUGAACUUGCAGAUCCACCUGUUAUCAGUCAUGAUUACUCUAGCUCUCCUAUCACAUCAUCAUCAACGUAUAACUUAUCUUCUCACAGUCAAGGUGAAAAGUGGAGCUCAAAACGCACAAAAGUUCCAUUUUUCAAUUCACAUUUCGAUAAGCCUUUCCACAUUGAAGGGCCAGAUGAAAUGAGUGGACCUUAUUGCAGAAUGCUAAAGGUCACUAUCUUUCGAUUGGAAGAAGUUGAUCUCAGAUCGAUGAAGCAUGAGGAGAAGUUGGCUUUUUGGAUUAAUGUGCAUAAUGCACUCGUGAUGCAUGCAUUUUUGGUCUAUGGCAUUCCACAGAAUAAUCUAAAAAGAGUUUCACUGCUACUCAAGGCUACUUAUAAUGUGGGAGGUCACGCCAUUAGCGUAGACAUGAUGCAAAGAUCCAUUCUCGGAUGCAGAUUGCCUCGUCCUGGACAAUGGCUGCGGCUGUUGUUUUCCAUGAAAACAAAAUUCAAGGUUGGAGAUGCACGGAAAGCAUAUGCAAUUGAGCAUCCUGAACCUCUUUUGCAUUUUGCACUCUGUUCAGGAAGUCAUUCUGAUCCUGCGGUUCGUGUAUACACAUCCAAGAGAGUGUUUGAGGAGCUGGAAACUGCAAAACACGAGUACAUCCAAUCGACCUUCCUUGUGCACAAGGAACAGAAAAUCCUUCUUCCAAAGAUUGUGGAGUCAUUUGCAAAGGAUACAGGAUUGUGCUCAGCUGAUUUGAUGGAGAUGAUUGAGCAUUUUAUGCCUGAUUUUCAAAGAAAAAGCAAUCAACCGUUUCAACACAAAAGAACCUGGAAAGGAAUUGAGUGGAUUCCUCACAACUUUACUUUCCGUUAUCUGCUAUCCAAAGAAGUAGCUUGGUGA